UGGGCUCUCUCUCUCUCUCUCUCUCUCUCUCUCUCUCUCUCUCUCUCUCUCGCUCUGUUUCAGUGAGUCAGGCUGCGCUGAAGCAGCAGCAGUUCAUCUCUCAUUUUCUGCCGUGCUUCAGAUCUUAACGUGACGAGCGAGUGAGGUUGUGACAGAAGCCUGAUGUUGCAUUUGUGAUAUGUGCUGCCCAGCGUGAGAAGCAAGAAGCCCUUCUCCUCCUCCUCUUCAUCUCGCUUGCUCGUGUCAUACUCAGUGAGGAGGCGACUGAGUCGUGGACUGUUUCAUGGCACUUUUUUGAAGAGACUGCGCGAGUGAAGAGAGCAGAAAGAGCGAAUCGGAGGAGCAGGAGAUCCGGAGCAGCGUGUUGCUGUGGCUUAUGGCGGCAGGGCAGGAUUGAAACACAUUGGCUCACUUUCAGUCCAGUUGUUGAUCGCUCUUCCGUCCGGUCAGAGAUGGGUGUUCUGGGGUGCGGCGUGCUUGUGUUUGCGCUCUUCUUUCAGUGCCAUAGCCGCAGUGUCCAAAACCCCGUGUUCAGGUCCAAGAGGUUUCAGGACAGGUCCUGGUCAGACCCCAAUGACUGCUCAAGGACCAGACAGCCAUUUGUCCUGUCCAAUCCUUACAAUUUUUCCCUCGAUAUUCGCAUACCUGGGGUGAUUCCAGCAGAGUCUGACAGCUACUACUGCAUGGCUGUUCCUGUCCCCACGUCAUGGGAGGCCUACAUAGUGGACUUUGUUCCCCAUGCCAGUAUGGACACAGCCCACCACAUGAUUUUAUACGGCUGCAAAACCCCGUAUGCCACCCAAGGAUACUGGGAUUGUGGGAAAGAGCUGGGGACGUGUCGGGAUCAGGCCAAGAUCAUGUAUGCCUGGGCCAGGAAUGCUCCUCCAACCAAACUCCCCAAAGAUGUUGGCUUUAAAGUUGGAGGAGACACCAGAAUUAACUACUUUGUGCUUCAGAUUCACUAUGGUGAUGCCACACAUUUUAGAGAUCAUCAUAGAGACUGCUCAGGACUCACUUUAAGAAUGACUUCCAAACCACAGCCCUUUAUUGCUGGCAUGUAUCUGAUGAUGUCUGUGGACACUGUCAUUCCUCCUGGGAAGAAAGUUACCAAUGCAGACAUUGCUUGCACUUACACAUCCUCCCCGAUGUAUCCAUUUGCCUUCAGGACACACACACACAGCCUCGGUAAAGUUGUGAGUGGGUACAGGGUUCGAAAUGGACAGUGGACUCAGAUUGGACGCCAGUCUCCAUUAUUGCCACAGGCUUUUUAUCCAGUCGCCAACACCAUCGAUGUAAGAAAUGGAGACAUACUGGCAGCCCGUUGUGUGUUCACUGGAGAAGGAAGAACCACUAAUACCCAAAUCGGAGGCACCUCCAAUGAUGAGAUGUGUAACUUCUACAUCAUGUACUACAUGGACAACUCCCAUGCUGUGCCUUACAUGAACUGUGGAGAUGAUGGCAGUAGUGAGCUGUUCCGAAACAUCCCUUCUGAGGCCAAUAUUCCCAUCCCGGUCAGUCCAGACCACAUGAUGUCCAUGAAGCAUGAGUCGGCUCCUCAGAAAGAUGUUGUGGAGCUGCAGGAGCCCAAGAGAGAAGAGGAAGUUCUGGAUCAGGGUGACCUCUAUUCCCUUCUCUCUAAACUGCUGGGGGAGAGGGAGGACGUUGUCCACAUGCAUAAGUACAACCUCGCAGAGGCAGCCCGAGCCCAGAAACGUCUGAUGGCAGAGAUUGAUAGCAUAAUGCAAAAAAAAGACCUGGGCUGGCCACGUUUAGGCUACAAAACAAAAGCGGAUGCAAUUCUGGUGAGGGACAGAGUGCACAAGUUUCACCAGUUAGAGUCCACUGUGAGCCCCUCAAGGAGCAGGACUGUACCCGCCAGACAGCCGACCACAGGGGAGGCUCAGAGGGACCAACAAGGUGCUCAUCUGGUGGAGGUGUCAGACUGGCCCGAGGCAGAUCUGCAGCUGGGGCAGGUGUCUGGUCUGGCUCUCAACUCUAAAGGUGACCUGAUCAUCUUCCACAGAGGAGAUCACGUAUGGGGGAUCAACUCCUUUAUCAAUGGCAUCUAUCAGCAGAAGGAUCUGGGUCCCAUCCAGCAGUCCACGAUCAUGGUGGUGGAUCCAGCCAAAGGAAAAGUGCUCAAAGCCUCAGGAAGAAAUAUGUUCUACAUGCCGCAUGGAAUAACUACUGACAAGGACGAUAAUUACUGGCUGACCGAUGUAGCACUUCAUCAGGUGUUCAAACUGAGCAGCGACGGUCAAGAUCGGCAGCUUCUGGUCUUGGGAGAAGCCUUUGAACCUGGAAGUGACAAGAAACACUUCUGCCAGCCUACAGAUGUGGCUGUGGACCCUGUUACUGGAAACGUCUAUGUCUCAGAUGGCUACUGCAACUCCAGGAUCCUCAAGUUCUCACCAGAGGGAAAAUAUAUCUCACACUGGGGAGCAGGCUCCUCAGACAGAAAACGGCGUGUCCCGUUCUGGAUCCCGCACAGCCUGGCCUUCCUGCCGGAUAAACGGGAGCUGUGUGUGGCUGAUCGAGAUAACGGACGCAUUCAGUGCUUCAUGGCAGAUACUGGCGAGUUUGUGAAGGAGAUCAAGAAAGACCAGUUUGGAGGAGAAGUGUUUGCCAUCGCAUACUCGCCUGCCCAAGGUGGUCUCAUGUAUGCGGUGAAUGGAGAGCCUCCGUAUGGGCAGGCCGCCCCCCUUCAAGGCUUUGUUAUCAAUUAUUCAACGAAAGAGAUCCUGGAUUCCUUCAGUCCAGACACACAGGAAUUUAAGUUACCACACGAUAUUGUUGUUACAGCAGACGGGAGCGUCUUUGUUGGAGACGCAGCAUCAGAUUCUGUAAUAAAGUUUGUUCUGUCCACAAAGGCAGAACAUCGCUCUGUUAAAAAAGGAGGAAUCGAGGUCCAAGAAAUUGAAGAAACAGAAACGUUUGUGCAGGCCAAUCUGAAGCCGUUCCCCAAGCUCCCGCCUCAGCAUCCAGUAGCUACAGUGCAGAAGAUGCAGGAGCCGUCACAGAAGCAGCCUCCGCAGCCGCUGACAGCUCCAGAAGAGAAGAAGAUGCUCAAGAGUGUGGCCAGUCAGAGUGCUCAGGGCGUGUCCACCGUCAUCAUCACCACUCUACUGCUCGUCCUGGUGCUCGUCAUCGCCAUCGGUGUCUGUAUCCGCUGGAAGAGGGGCCGGAUGUACAGUGAUGAUUGUCAGGUGAAGUUGGAGCCUUCAGGAUCAGCAGGAGGAAUCCUGGGUAAAAUCAGAGGCAAAGCUGCAGGAAGCCUGAACCUGGGGAAUUUCUUUGCCACCCACAAAGGCUACACACGGCACGGCUUCGACAGGCUCAGCACCGAGGGAAGUGACCUGGAGAAAGACGACGAGGACGGCACCGACUCCGAGAACGAGGAGUAUACCGCUCCGCCGGCCCCCAUGUCCUCGUCCUAAUGAGCCCACGCUUGACGGUCUUUCUGCUAGCGCUGUCGGGAUGUACUUUAAUCACCUCUGUAUUCAUUUGUAUCGGCUGCUGAAACAUUUUAUCUGGUGUGAAAAUGUUCUCCCUGAGACCUACAACUGCCACUUUAAUUUUAAUGAUUUUACCACGUGGAGAUUCAGAGCACUGGUCAUUUUGAUGAUAGACUACUCAUUAUUAUUUUUAACAGGAGGGUAAAGGUAGAUUAUUUAUUUAGUUCUAAUGAUGAACAGCUGUUUUAUCUCUUCCAGUAAUUUAACAGUGCAAUUAAUAUAUCAUUGAUCCAGGCAUUUUGUGUCCUAACAUUUCUGUAUGUCUGUGCCUUCAUGUAUUUCGCCUUCUGCAGCACCUAUAUAUUACUACAGAUGUGCCACAUAUUUUAAGAGCUGCUACUGUCACCUGUGAUUUGAGGUUUUUUUUUUGCAUCUGAUAAAAAAGAAAAAAAAAGAUUACAAAUUUAAGGCUGUAUUUACUACACUUUCAAAGCUAAUGUGAGAUGUGUCUGAUAUUUGUUGUGAUACUGAGGUUUUAUUGCAAGAAAACUAUUUUCAGUAACAAUGUUAUUUGUGUAAUAAAGUGUCUGCAAAGCAUCA